GCGUUGUAAAUUCCGCAGAAAUUAAGACCACAACAGCAAAGUCAAGAGUAAUAAAAGUCUUCUCACUUGAUCUCAAAAGCUUUGUUUCAUAUUCUUGGCUUCGCAAAAAAUUCAAAUCCCUGUUAUUCCCUGAGUGGCAGCCUCAGGGGCGAUCAUUCUAGCGUUCUUCAAGGCUCCAAACUGUUAAAUUUCUUCAUCACUUUAUUCAAGUUUGCAGUUAUGGCUCUACGUGUCACUCUCACUUUUUCCGCUAAUGUCGCUCAUAAUUUGGUUCAAUCGGCGGUCACCAAGCCCGGUGGCCGCCGAUUGUUUCACGACAUCGCGACUCCGGCGCUUUUUACAAAGCCCCCGGGGCGCGAUGAACCGAACGAUCACGAUGAUUCUGAUCGUUCAGCUUUUGCUUCUCUAGCCAGAGAAGUCUUUUUGGAAUCCUCGAAAUCGAAGAAUUCUCCGAUUUCGAUAGGAUUAUCUUCGGUUUUGAGAUCGAAGAGGUCUGGUUUGGCGGUUGGGGCUUUUGGGGUUUCUCCGAUAAAAGCGGCCUCGAUGCUUCCGUUCUUGCAAGGAUCGAAGUGGCUGCCGUGUAAUGAGAUGAGUGUGAGGGCUGAUGUGGAUAAGGGAGGGACUAGAGGUGAAGAUAUGAAAAUUGGUUGUGACGGGAUUGAUUUCGAGAGGAGUAAUUGGUUGUCCAAAUUGUUGAAUUGUUGUUCUGAGGAUGCAAAGGCGGCUUUUACGGCUGUUAGUGUUAGUUUAUUGUUUAGAUCAUCGUUGGCGGAGCCUAGGUCGAUUCCUUCGGCUUCUAUGGCUCCUACUCUGGAUGUUGGUGACCGGAUUCUUGCGGAGAAGGUUUCUUAUGUUUUUAGGAAUCCGGAAGUGUCAGACAUCGUGAUAUUUAAGGCUCCUUCAAUUCUUCAGAAAAAGGGUUGUAGUCCAGAUCAUGUCUUUGUAAAGCGGAUCGUUGCAAAAGCCGGGGACUAUGUUGAAGUUCGAGAUGGUAAAUUGGUUGUAAAUGGUGUUGUUCAAGAUGAGGACUAUAUUCUAGAGCCAGUUGCUUAUGAUAUGGAACCCCAGCUUGUGCCUGAAGGACAUGUGUUUGUGUUGGGAGACAAUCGGAAUAGAAGUUAUGAUUCCCACAAUUGGGGUCCUCUCCCCAUCAACAACAUUAUUGGUAGAUCUGUCCUUAGAUAUUGGCCACCGUCAAGAAUAAGCGAUACAAUAUAUGAACCUUAUGCAGGACAAAAAGCCUUCGUCAUUUCUUGAAAAAUUUCUGCGCUGUGUUUAUCAAAAUUCCAUCCCUGUUUUGUGUAUAAAUGUGCACAACUGAUGAAACAAAAGAUUGAAGUGCGACCUAUGGUCCAGCAGUGGUUGACUCCCUCUUUGUUCAGAGGGCUUCCAACAAUAACUUUUGUGGAAGAAUGGCAUGCCUUUUGGCGGGCUUGGAGAUCAAACUCUUUGCACUCCUGCCUUGGUGUUGAUCUUUCCAUCUCAAGUUGUUCAUGUGGGGUGCUAGAGUUCGCCAGGUUGUGGGUUGGUGGUGCUUUUGUGGGUUGGAUGGAUAUCUUGUUGGCUUUGUUUUUUCUGAAUCAGUUGGGCUGUGUCUCAUUCAAACUAUUCAAAGAUAGUUAAAGAAAACCAAGUGUUCAUUAUUUAUGUUUUUUUUUUUUUGGAGAACACAUUAUUAUAAAUCUGGGUCGUAAGACCAAAUAUAUAGUCCACCAAUUCAUUUUGAUUUUA